CCGCCUUCUGGGCGCAAAGCCCGCUGGAUCCUCUGGCGGGUACCACCGGCGUCCCUGUGACGGUGAUGGGUCGGGUUCACGGGUUUGGGGCCGGCCUGUGUCAGCGCCCCUCCGCUUGACUUCGUUCCCCAAGUGUGGGCCCCCGGGGCUCCCAGGGUGGCCUUCCAGGGACCUUCAGGGUUUCCCCUGGCCGCCGUCCCUGUGCGGGCCCCCUCCAGACCCGCCAAGUGGCGCGGUCCGGUCCGGGGCGGAGCCUGCGGCGGCGGAGGGACGCGGAGCAGCCUCUCGAGAUAGCGCGCCCUGAUGGUGUGACCGAGGGGCUCCCGGUCCCCUCCCCGGCAGGACUCGCAGGUGCACGUCCUGGCCCAGGAGGGACUGACAGUGGACGGAGCGCCUCAGCGCCUCCCCCUCCCCGCGCUGCUGGCUGCAGGCGUGUCGGAUGCAGACGCGCUGACCCCGGGAGAGACGCUCUGCCCCCGUGCGCGUGGCUGGCGCCAGAACGCGCACACACACCCCUAACUGGUCCACGCGCUGUCUGCUGUCCGGGAAUCUCCGGCCUCACCAUGGACCCAGAAUGCUCCCAACUCCUCCCGGCUCUCUGUGCCGUUCUGGCAGACCCCAGGCAGCCUAUGGCAGAUGACACCUGUUUGGAGAAGCUGUUGGACUGGUUUAAAACAAUAACUGAAGCUGGGUCCAGUCUCCUGUUGUUACAGGAGAACCCCUGCCUCGUAGAGCUGCUGUGCCACAUGCUGAAACCCCAGGACCUGAGUUCCAGAGUCCUCUCCUUCUCACUCCGCCUCACGGGGGUAUUCGCUGCCCAGGAAGAUUGCUUCCAGUAUCUUCAGCAGGGGGAGUUGCUGCCCAGGCUCUUUGGGGAGGCAGGACCCCUGGGAGGGGCCGCCUGGACCGCUCCCACCGUGCGCAGCGGCUGGAUCCAGGGUCUGCGCUCCCUGGCGCGGCACCCCAGUGCCCUGCACUUCCUGGCCGACUGUGGUGCCGUUGACACCAUCUUCUCCCUGCAGGGAGAUUCCAGCCUGUUUGUGGCCUCGGCAGCCGGGCAGCUCCUGGUGCACAUACUGGGCUUGUCUAUGCAAGGCCCUGCCGACGGGCCCCCCAGCCUGCAGGCUGGUGAUUGGCCGGCAUGUGCCCAGAAGAUCGUGGAUCACAUCGAAGAGUCCCUGCGCUCCGCGGCUACCCCGCAGAUCACACAGGCUCUAAACGUCCUGACCACCACGUUCGGGCACUGCCACGACCCUUGGACACGAGUUCUGUGGGUACGGCUGAGUCCGCUCGUGGCCGGUCUGCUGGAGAAAGACCCUGUCCCAGCUGCACACUCGCUCGUGGAUCUCCUCCUCAGUGUGGCCCGUUCUCCUGGGCUGAGUUCUUCCAGCUGCGGCCUGUGGGAGACUCUGGCUCAGACUCUGAGCCGUCUGAGCCCUACCCAAGCAGGGCCGUUGGCGUUAGGGAUCCUGAAACUGCAGGACUGUCCACAGGCACUGAGGGCCCAGGCCUUUGCUGUCCUCCUCCAGCCUCUGGCCUGUGUCCUUAAAGCCACGACUCAGGCCCCUGGGGCCUCAGGCAUGGUGGAUGGUACCGCAGGUGACUCCGUGACAGUGGACACCCUCCUCCCCUCCAAGGCGGCCUGCGUGGGUCUCCUGUGCCGGACCCUGGCCCACCUGGAGCUGCUGCUGCCCCUGCCCCAGCGCCCGUGCCCCUGGCCCCAGGCAUCCCUGCUGGGGGCCGCGGUGACCCUGCUGCAGCUGUGCCAAGGCUCAGCGAGCCCCACUUCCGACGCGGGGCGCCACCUCUGUGCGCUCCUGCUGGGCUGCGUGCGGGUCCAGCGGGCGGCCCUCGAUUUCCUGGGGACGCUGUCUCAGGGGACAGGUAGGCCAGCAUGCCCCCACAGGCCCCGCUUGCCCGCUGCUCAGCUGUGCCGGGACCGCCAUCCUCUGCGUGUCCUCUCUGGGCGGGGGGUGGGUUCGGCUGGCCAACGGGUUCUGUCCCCUGCUUUCCUCGGAUUGACGCACUCUGGUGCUGGGGAGGCCCCUGGAAGGGAGGUUGGGUGCUUCUUCUGUGUCUGUCUCAGGCCCCCCAGAGCUGGUGACGGAGGUGUUUGCUGUCCUUCUGGAAUAUCUCAGGAGCCCAGACUCCAGCCCCACGCCCCGCUUUGCCUGCUCCAGGUUCUGAAGAAGGCCUUCCAGGCCACGUUCAGGUGGCUCCUGAGCUCGCCCAAGACCCCCGGCUGCUGGGAUCUGGAUCCGCAGGCCCUGCUGUUCCUAAGAGAGCUGCUCCCUGUGCUGCAGAAGCGUCUGUGCAGCCCCUGCUGGGAGGUGAGGGACUCCGGCCUCGAGUUCCUGACCCAGAUGACCGGACGCUGGGGAGGGCAGGCCAGCUUCAGACACGCGCUCCUCGCCUCGGAGGUGCCCAAGCUCACUGAGCAGCUCCUACGAGACCCUGAGAGUUAUGUCCGUGCCAGUGCGGUGGCCGCCACGGGGCAGCUCUCCAGCCAGGGGCUGUGUGUCUCCCCCGCCAGCCCUGAGCACCUAGGCGGCCAGCAGAAGAGCCCGCUCUCAGAGCUUCUGCACAUCCUCUCCACGGACUCGGAGGGAUUCCCGCGGAGGGCCGCCAUGCACGUCUUCACCCAGUGGCUCAGGGACAGCCAUGCUGACGUGGUGGGGGACACGGAAGAGUUUGUGGCCGGGGUGCUCCAGGUAGCCAGCCAGGAUCUGGACUGGGAGGUCCGGGCCCAGGGCCUGGAGCUGGCGCUGGUGUUCCUGGAGCAGACGCUGGGCCAGCCCGGCUCCCCCUGUCCCUAUGCCGUGACCCCGCCCGUGGUGGCCCCAGCUCGCCCGCUGGCCCAGGCCCUGCAGCCGCUCUGCCGAGUGCGGCUCUUUGAGUUCGCUUUCCGUGCCUUGUUUGACUGUGACCGACCCGUGGCUCAGAAGUCUUGUGAUCUUCUCCUCUUCCUGAGGGCCAAGACGGCUUCGUCCAGCAGCCCACAGGAGGCCAGGAUCAGCCCUGACGUGGCCUCCGUGGAGGCCGCCCUGCAAAGGUGGCAGGCGGGCGAUCAGGCCCAGCCCCUGGGGGACCUGGAGCCCGAGGUCGUGCUGGCCGUGCUGAGGUCGAUGGACCUGGAGGGCCUUCGGGGGGCACUGGCCGAGAGUAGCGACCACGUGGAGAAGAGCCCCCAGUCGCUCCUGCAGGACAUGCUGGCCACGGUGGGCAUCCUGGGGGAGAACGAGGCCGACUGCUACUGAGGCAGCCCGUUGGUGACCUGCCCGGGUCCCCCUCCCCUGUGCCAUGCCCCUUCCUUGGGACCCUGUUGUCUUGAGAGCUAUGGCCUGCCUGGUCGCAUGAGGGACCUUUUGGGGAGACCGGGAUCAGUGAGACCAACCAGGUUGACAAGUCCGGCUUGAUGUAUGAUGAAAGAAGUGGCUUGUUUUGUACUCAAAAUAAAUGGCAUUUGGCAGUG